AUGUCAUAUAAGCCUGUUGCUCUUGGAGAUAUUAACGUUGGAAAGACUGCUUUCACGAUUCAGACCUAUGACCCAAAAAUCGCAGUUUCAUAUAAAAAACAAGCAAUAAUUGAUGAUCAACCCUGUGUACUAGAUGUGCUAGAGACUGCAGCACAAGGGGAAUACACACCACUUUGGGAUCAAUUGAUCAGAGAUGGAGAAGGAUUUCUUCUAGUAUAUUCUAUAUCAUCACAUUCAACAUUUGAACAAGUAGAAAAGUUUAAAGAUCAAAUAAUAAGAGUAAAAGGCUCUAAUAAAAUUCCACUUAUACUUAUAGGAAAUAAAUGUGACAAGCACACAGAACAGGAGGUGUCAAGGGAAGAAGGAAUAAAUAUGGCAAAGAGACUUGGCUGUGAAUUUGUUGAAAAAUCUAUUCCAGAGGAGGAAAAAUGGUUUAAAAAUCAACUUAAAAGGGAACAUAUUUUAUUUCUUGAUUAUAAUUCUUUUCAAAAUAUUAAAAUUAUUGAUGGUGGAUCAUUUGGAACAAUUUCUUGUGCAUCUUCAAAACAUCAUCAAGGACUUGUGGCAUUAAAAUCCAUUAAUAUUGACAAAAAAUAUACUUUUGAACAACUUCUUAAUGAGGCAAAACAACAUCUUAAAGUAGUACUUCACAGUAAUAUAUUAGGAUUUUAUGGCAUAACAAAAGAAAAGUAUGCAAAUAAUGGUAAUUUAUGUGAUUAUUUAAAAUACAAUUUCAAUAUAAUGGAUUGGAAUAUUAAAUUAAAAUUUGCAAAACAAAUUGUAAGUGCUGUAAGACAUUUGCAUGAAAAUAAAAUAAUACAUAGAGAUCUGCAUUCUAAAAAUAUUCUCAUUCAUAAUGGAAAUAUUAAAAUUUGUGAUUUUGGAAUCUCCAAAUCCCUAUUGGAUCCUUCAAUAGAGGCUUCUAAAAGAUUAGGUACAAUAAGAUACUCAGAUCCAGAAUAUUUAAACAAUACUGAAAAUUAUAGUCGCAAUGAAAAAUCAGAUAUUUAUAGCAUUGGAGUGCUUUUAUGGGAAAUUUCAAGUGGUUGUGCUCCAUUUGCAAAUAAAUCAAUCAAAUUCAAAGAUAUAAUACUUGGCAUAAUAUUAGGUGAACGUGAAGCAAUAAUCAAAGGAACUCCAAGAAAAUAUGCAGAAAUAUAUACAGCAUGUUGGCAAGGAAACCCAGAUCUCCGUCCUCAUAUUCAUAAAGUUACACGGGAUUUAGACAAUGUAGAUAUAACCGAUAUUGUUAAUUUAACAGGUCAAACUAUUAAUGAAUUACAAGGUGAUAGUUCAUUAAAUUCAACAGAACUUUCGUUCUCAGCACAAAUUAAUAGUUUAGAAAACCGUUUAAAGGAUUUGGGCAAGGUAGAUAUAACUGACAUUAUUGAGGGUGAAAAUGAUGAUUUAUUAUAUUCAACGGAACUUCCAUUAUCAACACGGACUAAUAGUUUAAACAAUCAUUUGAUGACAAUUCAAAAUACUGAACCUUCAAAAGAGAAGUUAAAGGAAAUUGUAGAAAAUGUAAAAUUGUCACAUAAUAUUGCACAAUUAGCAAAAGACGAAGCUGCAAAUGAAAUCAAAUCUACAACGGCUAUUAAAAAAAAACCAUUGAUGAUAAGGAUCAAGGAUGAAUUAAUACAUUAUUGGGAUGGAACAAAACUUUUGGGAUUGGAAAUAAAAAUUUCAACAAAGCUUUUGUAUAAAUUGCUCAAAGGACAUAAAUUAACCCGCAGAGAAUACAGACAAUUGAGAAGAACUACAACAGAUUUAUUCAGACUUGUUCCAUUUGCAGUCUUCAUAAUUGUGCCUUUUAUGGAAUUUUUAUUACCAGUAGUAUUAAAGUUAUUUCCAAAUAUGUUACCAAGUACAUUUGAAGAUAAAUUUUCAAAGGAAGAAAAAAAAAGAAAAUUGCUCAAAGUUCGUUUAGAGAUGGCAAAAUUUUUACAAGAAACACUUGAAGAUACUGGGGCAGUAGGUUCUAAAAAAGCAGAAGCUGCAAAAGAAUUUGCAGAAUUCUUUCGUAAGGUUCGAACAACUGGAGAGCAAGCCAAUACAGAAGAUUUACUUCGUAUUGCUAACCUUUUUGAAGAUGAAUUGACUUUAGACAAUUUAUCUAGGCCUCAAUUGGUCAGCAUGUGUCGUUAUAUGAACAUCAAUGCUUUUGGCACUGACAAUUUUUUGAGAUUUCAAAUCAGGGCUAGAAUGAAAAGUAUUGAGGAAGAUGAUGCGAUGAUAAUGUCAGAAGGUGUUGAUUCUUUAACUAUCCCGGAACUUCAACAUGCUUGCCAAUCACGUGGUAUUCGAACAAUUGGAGUUUCACCGGCUCGUUUACGUAGUGAACUUAAUCAGUGGUUGGAUCUUCAUUUAAACCAUAAAAUUCCAUCUACGCUUUUAAUUUUAUCAAGAGCUUUUAGUUUUCCUGAUCGAGCAGAAUUGGCUGAUCAGGCUGAAGCACUACAAGCAACUUUGAAUAGUUUGCCCGAAAAUUUGGUAAAUGAGGUAAAUGAACAAGUUUCAGAGGCAGAUGGUGGAGUAACCUACAAACAGAAACUUGAGGUUAUAGAGGAACAAGAGGAGUUAAUAGCCGAAGAAAAGGCUCAAAAGGAGAAAGAAGAGGCUGAAAGGAAAGCUCAAAAAGAAGCACAAGAAGCGGCCAAAGCUGGAGGUGUACAAGUUAUUAAAGAGGAAGAUGAUGCUCGUAUGACUGAACUACAACUUCAGGAACUUCGUGCGGCACUUUCAAUUUUAUCAUCAAAAUCAGCAGUUUUAGAGGAAAGAGAAGCGUUGAAUGAAAUAAAGGAAGAUAGAGAGGAAUAUAAAGAAGAUAUUGAAGAAUUAAAAGAAACAGGUAAAGAAGAGUCCAAAGCAUCACAUCGUCUUAGUGAGCGUUUAGAAAAGAUGAUACAAAAAAUAGAUAAAGAGUUGGAACAAUAUGACAGUGAAGUUGGCUCAAAAUUAAAUCUUAUUCAAGCCAAUGAAAGUGGGCAAAUUUCAGUCAAAGAUUUAGAGGAAGCACUUAGAAUUAUCAAACACACACCGGGUGACAAUGAAAAAAUUCAAAAGAUUGUUAAAAAAUUAGACGUGGACGCUGAUGGAUUGGUCUUUUUAGAUCACAUUUCUGAAUUAUGUGUUGAAGGUGAAGGUUUGGGUGUUUUGGUGGAAUCAGAAGAAAAAGAUGGUAAAGGAAAAAAGGUCAAGAAACCUAAAAAAGAGGAUAUAGUGCAAAGUUAA